UCGACUGUGCAGGUCUAGAUUGUAAAACCUACUCAACAAUGGCAGCAGUCGAGGCUACACAACCUGCUCUGGCUGAUGUUUCCAAAACCAGCAGCGAAGGAUAUGAGAAGAAAUGUAUUUUCUGCAAGAUUGUAAACAACGAAAUGGGCACGGAUCUUCUCCACUGUGAUGAGGACAUCUCAUGUUUCAGAGACAUCAAACCUGGAGCUCCCCAUCAUUACCUUGUCGUUCCAACCAAACAUAUAGGGAACUGUAAAUCACUCAGCAAGGAGCAUGUGCCUUUGGUGAAGCGGAUGGUCGAGUUGGGGAAGGAGAUCCUCCAGAAAAACAACGUAACGGACCUCAGUGAUGUCAGGUUCGGUUUCCACUGGCCCCCAUUCUCUUCUGUCACACACCUACACCUUCAUGUCCUGGCACCUGCCAGUCAAAUGAGCCUCAUGUCUCGCGUCUUCUACAGACUCAACUCCUAUUGGUUUAUCGCGGCGGACCAGCUGAUUGAGCUUCUUAACUCUAAAGGAGAGACCACCUGAUCACUUGUUUGGAUCCAGUUCUCUCAGUACAUGACUUUGAUGUGACUGAAACAUCCACCUUCCACACUCUCCAAUUAAGAUGCGGUCUGAGCUAAUGACCCAACAUUCUAAACUGGUGAUAUAUUUGCAACAAGACACUACUUUUCAGACUUGAAUAAAGCUAAAUCUUUUUUUUUUUGCUACUUGAGACAUGUCCCACCAAUGUUUGUUUUUAUAGAAGAAAAUAAUUUUUCCAUUAAUCCACCAUAUAAAAAAAUGCAUUUACUUUAUGGACCAAUAGCAUAUGGUGUGAUUCACCUGUUUUCAUCUGUUGAUCACCUUUUUACUGAAUGGAAAGGUGAGUCCAACAAUAGAUAGCCCAUAUAAUGCACAAGCUGUCGUAUUCCCUGAAUGGAGUGCUGCCUUAGAGUUUUGCCAAUCUGAUUUAUGCAUGUGUAACUGACAUUAUUUUAAAAACUCUGGAAGAAAAACGAAUUUGUGUAAUUGAUAUAAUGACAUAUGUUAACUAGCUGAGUCUAUGUUGAGUUGUCUCUUUCCUGAUGGGCAUUUUGUGGCCUAGCUGAAGUGGGUCAAAGCUCAGAGUAACACUUUCAUGAAGGAUUUACAAAGCUCCUUCACAGUAGAAGCGGCUAAGUGAUCCUCUGACAUGUGCAUUAAGUGAAGUAUGCUUUAUCAGCUCAAUAGGCACAGAAAUAUAGUGGGGUAUUUGCAAUGUAUGACAUGAACGGUAUGGUGCAUGAAGUGAAUAUUUAUGCUAUACGAUACAACUGUACACUAAGGAAUGAAAAGAAAGAACUGUACUGUAUGAAAGUGUAUGUACUUUAAGAAUUAAUUUAACUUAGAAUAAAUAAUACAUUGCUGCUUC